AUGAGACUAUCUAAUUUUUCUUUGAUCUUCUGCUUCUUGUCGCUCAUCUUACCUUGGCAUUUUCCUGGACCUAUCGGACAAGUUGACGCGAAGCCGAUGUCACCAAUGUUUAAUUAUUUUGGAAAAUAUCUAUCUCGCGAUCAUGCCCCUUCGAGAAAUCUAUUACAGAUGGCGAGCAUCGAGGACUCUGAGGCAUUUUCGGAUGAAUCGAGCGUUGAGAGUGUAAGAGAUGAAGACUGGAAGACGUACUACAAUUUCGUCAAAUCAAAAGAUUUUCAUCAUCACGAGAACUCGGAUUUCAGAGUUUUGAUAGCCCACGUUCAUCAAAUAGGUCCUGUUUUCAUAGAGCAUCAUACCAAACAUGACCAGGAGACACUGGAUGUUGUUCGAAUCAUUCGUCAGAUUCUUGAGACUAGUGUAUUGAAAGAGACGCACAAGCUUUGGGCUCUUGGAGUUCUUUCUUACCUGAAAAAAUGGAUCUCAACAGAAAAAGAUAGUUCUCUUGUGAAGGAAUGGAAAAUCGAAGAUCUUAUAAGUAGGCAUAUGGGGGAUUUUGAACUGUUCUUACUCAAAGACCACGAUUUGGCCGGAGCAGUGCAAGAGAUUUUACCAAUCGAGAGUACACCUCAAAAAUUAUCAGACCAUGUCAUUAAGGAAGUAUUGAAUAGGGCGUCAAUAGUGAACUCUAUCAAAAAAGCCAUGACCUUGGGCGAUAGACAUCGAAACCCAGGAUUUGAGAAAUGUCUAGUCUCUUUCAUGAACUUGAAGACGCCAAUUGAUGAUAGUCGCGCGAAACGAUUAAUGAAGAAAAUGGAAACAAUGCUUGAUAGGACAAAAAGCUUUUUCAGUACGCCACCUGAGGAAAUAUUUAUCAUUCGAAUGACUCUACAUAUGGAAGAACAUCACUUCAAUAGUAUGAUUGAAUUUAAAGAAUUAAUCAACGAUCCAAAGAUUUGUACCCGGAUUCUCAGGAAAGACCUUGAAUUUCAACUUCAAGACCCCGAUUUAUCUCGCAUCCUGAGGAAGGUUUUGGAAUCAUUAAUGAACGAUGAGAUCCUCAAGUCCAAAAGUAUUCAUAUGGCUCUUGAAGCUAUGACUGAUAAAAGGCAUUCUAUGCUUCAUCGGGCUAGACUCACUAGAGUGUUGAACUUGAUGGCCAAGCAUGAUGAUGAGGUGUACGGCCUGGUGAACAAAGAACUAAACCACCCACAUAGUAUCACCAAUCUUUCAAGUAUGUUUUUAGAACUGUCUCAUGGCAGAAUGUACCCAGACAAGAUUCAGAAAAAUGAUCUUCAGUAUUUAGUUUUCCAAAAAGAACACAAAAUUUUCAUGGAAAAACGUUUAGCAACACUUGAAGAAAACCUACUUACUAUGAAGUUUUUAGAGUUGGAUGUCAUUUUUGAAGUUUUAAAAGAAUUCAGUGCAAAUCCCAAAGGACCAAGGACAGCUGGAUUGACUCCCAUCAUAAAACAACUCUUGAUCAAGCUAUUGUCAUAUCGGUCUAACAUUACAGAUCCGAAUCUUCAUAAAAUCAAAUUAGAUGCCAUAGAAUAUAUUUUACACUUGAUCUUACUUGAAAAAGAUGAUAUGCGGCUGAAUAGGAAUCUCUCCAUCAGGGGUACACCAUUUGUCCAGGACAUAAGUCCAGAAGUUCUUUCGGUCGCUGGAAGUGAUCCGAUGUCCCUGGAUGAUAAGCUGAGAAUGUUUUCAAAGCAUUUGACAACAUCCUUAGAUAACGGCCUGAUCUUGACUUUUUCUAAUUUCAUACCUAGAACUCUAUUGAGUUCACCUGAAUCAACAUGCCAAACCCAAAGCGACCGUAGCCCUUCAUUCACAAAGAUGGUUGCAUAA